CCUGUGGCAGAUGUAAAGCAUCAUUCCCAUUUGGAAAGACUCAUCACUGAAAUCAUUCUGGCCUCAUUCAGCACCCUGAGUACAAGGCUGACCGCCAGAAAAGACAUGAGGGUGCCAACUGUCUCAAGAUCACAAAUUCUACAGGAGUUUCGUUCUCGAUGCCAGGCACUUUCAGCCGAUGGCAACAGAGGCUUUAAACAGGAGUUUGAGGAGCUAAAUGAAGUUGGCAAAGACCUCCCCACCAGAGCGGGGGAUUCAAACAGAGAAAAGAACCGAUACCCCUACAUAUUGCCAUAUGACCACUGUCGUGUGAGGCUGUCUGUUCAAAACUCCAAUCCACAAACUGACUACAUCAACGCCAAUUUUGUGCCUGGUGGAGCAUCAGAAAGAGACUUCAUCUGCACCCAGGGUCCUUUGCACAAGACCAUGGCCGACUUCUGGAGAAUGGUGUGGGAGCAAAACGUUAGGAUAAUCAUCAUGGUGACGGCGCUGAAACACAAAGACAUAGUGCUGUGUGAUAAGUAUUGGCCUUUGGAACGAGGGACAGUUUAUCAUGGACUGAUCCAAGUGACGACAGUGACCCGCAAACAAGGUCCAGAUUGUUUUAUCACCACCAUUAACCUAAGACAGAGAGACUGUUCUACAGCCAGGAUAAUCACACACUACUACUACCCUUCCUGGCCAGACCAGGGCGUCCCUAAAGACUCAUCUUCUCUCUGUACCUUCACUGAGCAUGUGCGGCAGAGUUUGGAAACCACUCCUCGCCUGGGGCCGGCUGUGGUGCACUGCAGUGCAGGUGUGGGGCGUUCAGGAACGUUUGUGACAUUGUUGUGGCUGAUGCAGCUGUGUGCGAGGGGCAUCCGGCCUAAUGUCCGGGCUGCUGUGGAGGAUCUACGGUUACAUCGAAUGUGCAUGGUCCAGAAUCUGGAGCAGUACAUAUUUGUUCAUCAGUGUCUGCUACACUGGCUAAGUGGAGGAACCUCUGCAUGCCCACAAACUCAGGGAGCCAGUUCAAAUAUUAACCAGCACACUCAGCAUCGAUCACACAGCUCCUCGGGGAGGAGGAGACAUCACCAUCAUCGACAGACACCUCCGUCAGACCCGCCGCAGAACACACUGCAGCAGAUUUUACACCCUGGGAACCUACUGAGGAGGUUACUGCCUUCCUCAUCACUAUUUAAUCCAGGCUCACAUGCCUCUUGAACUCAGUGAAACAUACAAAACACAAGCAAGCUACUGGGUGAGAAAAACAAGAAGCCCUCGUACAGUAUUUGAGAAGUAAGAGAAGGACUGCAGAAAUAAGAAUGCGGUAUGAUGCUAAACCUUGCAGACACAAAACUGGCCUGACAACAGUGCAAACGAGUUCUGGUAAAGCAACCACAGAUGCAGCAGUUUGUAUUGUUACCAGAAAGGAGACUUAAGGAAAGAGCCUGCCAUUCAGGUCAAACCUGUUUGUCUACUGUUAUUUACUUCCCAUGUCAUUAGCGAGAACAAUGAGCGUGAGUAACAUUUGGUUACUUGGAACAGGAAAACACUCUUCAUGUUAACCCAAAAUGUCUACUGUGCGCAGCUACCGAAUGUUUUUGGACAGCUCAUUGUUUUUGUAACUUUGUUUGCCUCCACUCCACGCUGAAGUGAUGUUGCAAGAUGAUUUUUUUUUUUGAAAAAAAUCAUUGUGUAACACUUUAUAAUCACACACACAAUGCAGGUAUCAGUACUUAAGGAGGGAUGUGCAGGAUUGAUAGACUUGCUAGAAAGGCAGACACAUGGUAUAGUGGCUGUACAAAAAAGGUCAUGUUUCAAAAACACACAGGCACUGCCAUUCUCCUUAGAUGACUGAAACCUAUUACAGUACAUGAAGGAGCUAUGAGUAUUAUACAUUAUAGAACAUUAAGGGCUAACCCACUUUUUUUUAGU